UGAAAUUGUACGGACCAAAGGCCGCAGCUUUGCUUAUUUGGACUUCGUUCCUUCCUCUGACAAAGGCCUCGCCAAGCUCUUCAGCACGGUUUCUCUCCUCUCUCUUCAUGUUUUAUGUUUUAAUUUCGUUUAAUUUAUCUCCUGGAUUUUUGUUAUUUUCAGGAAAUUUGGAGGUUUUCAGGGAUUUUGUUAGUUUUGCAGUGAUUUUAAGUACUCUUCUGGUUAAUGUGUCAAUUUUCUUUGUAAAUCUUUUCUGUUAGUUUUCUGGUUAACUCGUCAGUUCUUAAGUUGCUUUUUGUAGUGCACUUGGUUCAUGCAUUGAUUUUGUAAUGUUGUUGAAGUCGCUGCCACAACUGUAUGAUGCUGCUGUUAAGUAGAUGACGGAAUGAUGUAGAUGCAUUCUCGAGUAUAAUGGAUGUAUGUGGAAAGGGGGAAGGCUCAGACUUGAGAAGGCUAAAGAACACUACAUACUUAGAUUGGGGCGUGAGUGGGAGGAGGAUGCCAAGCUUUCCAUUGAUUCCAACAGUUUUGAUGGGGAUGCCGUUGUAAACAUGCCUUCUUUGGAAAAACCGGUGAAAGCCCACAACUUGGAAAAUACGCAACUCAGAAUUUUCUUUCCUAAGCUAAGGAAGGUGAAACCUGUGCCUCUGAAAGGAACUGGAAAGCACAAAUACAGUUUUCCACGGGUUGAGGUUCCUCCUCUCCCAAUUCACCUUUGUGAUUGUGAGGAGCAUUCUGGUUCAUCAGAUGCAGCUAAAAAAUCUUUUCAUAGAGAGGAUGAAAAUGAUGGGAUCAAUGAAGAAGAGCUGAACAUGAUGACAUCAGUGAUGAACAAACUUUUUGAGAGGGAGAACACCUCGGAGACUGCUUGUACCAAGGUCGGAUUCACUACGGAGGCAUUCGUCUCAAGGAACUCAGUUGAUGAUAUUCAAGUCGAUCAGGAGAGAGAUCAAAUUUCUGAUGAAGAUAACCUUAUUAUGAACAUGGUUGCUGGGUCAAACAGUGGUAUCACUACAGCAGAUGCUUGGGAACAAAAUGCAAUUAGUGGCAACCAGGAACCUUCUAGAUCCAGAUCCCUGCAGAGAAUUCAUAAAAUUCAGGAAAAAGCUACUGUGCUUUCCAAGAAGAAGCGGAAAGCAGCUCAAGAUUUUGAUACUAUUCCAGAUCAAGUCGCAGAACCAGGAGCAGGAGUUCUACAACCAAGCUACCAUCAUGUGCGCCCUAAAAAGUCUAUAAGGAGAGAUCUGGUAAGUGACGGAAAAAAUAGUUUUCGUAUAUCUGAUAUCCUACAAAGUAAUGAUACUGGAGGAGAAAUGCAGUCGAAACCAGAUAGUUCUACUCUGCUAAACUGCAAAGACCCGCCAAGCCAAUCAUCCCAGAUUAAAGUGGUGAAUGAAUCUACUGAAACCAUUUGUGGUACGCCAAAUGCAGGAAUUGAUAAGGGACGGGAAGGUAAUUCAUUCCUAAACAGAUCCUCGUGGAUGCAGCUUGUUGGUAGUAACAGCUCGUUCAGUAUCUCUCAGAUUCUGCCUGGUCUAAAUUUAGAAAAGCAAGAGAUUCCACAAUUUAAUGUCACUGAUAGUUCAACUUCAACAAAAAGGAGGCAGGAUUUUAUGAAGACUGAUAAAAGUGAUUUCAUCACUGAUGUUUCUAAAUCUCAGCCUGUAGUUGAUAUCCCAAAAUAUUCUUUAGCUGAUUCAAAGACUAACCAUGCUAGCCAGAACCAAUUAGAUUCAGUAAAGAAGCUGCAGGGAGGUAAGUCAAGCAACGAUGCCUACAAUCUACCAUUCAGCGAGAAACAACCAAUACAGGCAAAGAGGACCUCUAUGGGAGACUGUGGAAUGCCUGAAACCUUUACUUUUAAGAGAAGUGCUGCCUCCAUGAAAGAGUGGAAGAAGGCUAAAGCAGCAGUCAGUGGUUCACGGAAGAAAGUGGUCAAGAAAAAAUGAGUGCUAAAAGGCAACGAAAGGCAAUGUUCCUCGAUUAAGGGUUAUAACUCUUUGGUAGAGACCGCUAGCUGAUGUCCUUGGGGUUUUUGCUUAGCACUAAAUUCCCAAUCCAAGAAAACGUGACAUUGUUGGAUGUGGUCUCACUCAACCACCAGAUGAGGUUCACACUGCUGGGUUGUCUUGAGUUGGACCUUGCACAUUUCUGCAAGAACUUGCUGUUUGUCUUGAUGAUUCAAUUUUAGCUAGCCCUGCUACACAAAAAUAUUUAACACAAUUCGUUUCUUUGAACGCAGGCGACUUUUUCUUAAUGGUCAAUGCAUGUUUAUGUUCCAUCUUGCAGAUGUGGCUCUUUUUGACAGCCAAAACCGGUGACACUUAGCGGCAACUGUUAUUAAAGCUUUAUAGGUUCAAGCAGCGAGUCUUUCUAUUUUUCAUUUGUGGAGUAUCGAUUAAUUUAUAUGAAAUUCAAUUACUGUUUGUCUUGCAGAA